AUGGAAAAAGGUGCAGAAUGUGGUGAGGCCCAAUUACUUGGAAACAUGUAUAGGAUAAAGAAUGGGAAAAGACCACAAAAGCUUCGAAAUGUUCCACAAAUUCCUUGCAUUCGAGUCCCUCCCUCUGCCUCUGCUUCUCCAUUGCUGAAGGAUCUAACCCAAGGGCAACAGCGCUACUUUUACAGCAUCAUGAGGAUUCACAACCCCAGGCCCCAGUGGGAGGCCCUGCAGACCCGCCAUAUUCACCGCCUUUGGCACCAGCAGCUGCUCGGUUAUAUUACUCAACAGGAAGCCCUGUCUUACUCUGCUGUACUUAGAGAUUCAAUCAAGAGAGCCUCAACCAAGAUAGCUCCUCAAAGAACCAUUCCUCGGAAAGCUUCUGCCAUAACAAGAAAACGUCCUCCAGCGUUGCCUCUGUCUGCGGUCCUACCAAAGGCCCAAAGUGCAGGGUGCCGAGCCCUCAGGAAGCGAGACUUGGCCACGUUUUCUGGAGCACGCAGCGUCAUGUAUCCUGGCAUCUAG